UAUCGAAGAAGUGUUUAUGUUUUGAUUUGAUAUAAAGAAAUAUAUAAAUUGGUUUUGGUUUGAAUGCAUUAAUUUAAGCAUGAUUUGCCGUUUGUGCCUGAACAACGUGAACGAUACGGAUACGAUUCGGAUAUUCGAGGAUGUCGGCCUUUCCCUAAAUGUGGCCAAUGUGCUGGCCAAAUACUUUUGGUUUGAGCCAAAAAGCGAUGAUCCCAUAUCCACGGUGAUUUGUUUGACCUGCUGGAAUCAGGUGAACGACUUUCACAACUUCUAUGUGGCCGUGAAAAGUGCACAUCGUUUGCUCACAGAAAGGUUUUCCCUGAAAUCUGGCCAGGAUCAGGGGAAACUAGAGCCCGAUGAGGAACCAGAGCACCAGGACGAGGAGCAGGAUGUGGACCACGAACUGGGCUUACAUGCCAGCGACAGCGAGGCUGGUUCCUUCACCAAUGAGCAGUUCCUCAGCGAAGUGAUAGUGCAGCAGGAGGAGCAGACGGAAUCCAACCCACCAGAGGAGCAGUUCAUCAAAGAAGACCCUGCAACAGAACAGGAUGAAGAACACGAUCCAACAACCACAGCCACCUUACCCACAGAAGAGCGCAGAGAAACGCGAUCAACCGCCAAAAGUAAAGCACAUCAUCCCCUGCCCUCUCCACCAGCUACUGAAAAAUCGAAACCUCCGGCGAACAAAUCGAGGGCGAAACGAAACCCGUGCAAGGCAGAAGGAACCCCGCAGAAAAGCAAACGCUAUGCGGACUACAAACAGUGCAUGCUGGAUAUCGAUGCCAAGAUCUCUGCCCACAUGAGACUCACCUGCGACGUGUGUCACGAGGGGCAGGAGACCUUCCUGCAGCUCUGCAAGCACAUGCUGCAGGAGCACCAUCGCAAGGGGUAUGCCAUUUGCUGCAAUAAGAAGUUCUACAAGCGCUCGUUUCUCACCGAUCACAUUGAUCGUCACGCCGAUCCGGAGAAGUUUAAAUGCACACAGUGCGACAAGCGAUUUGCAGACAAACAGUGCCUGAGGAACCAUGAGCUGCUGAAGCACCAUCCGGAGGAGGAGAAGACUUUUAUGUGCGAGCAGUGUCCCAAAAGAUACACUAAGCAGUAUCUAUUGGAUCAGCAUCGCGUCAUCCACAAGGAGCGCAAUGUGGUGUGCGAUCUCUGUGAGAGGAGAUUUCCCAACCAAUCCCUGCUUUGCACGCACGUCAAGAUGGCGCAUGGCAACUAUGGCACUAUGUGCGACAUCUGCGCCCAGGUUAUACGUGGACGAGCUGCCUUCCAGCGACAUCAGCUGGAGCACGCUGGUGUCACGGAGCCCAAGGUUCAGUGCGACAUCUGCGGAUCCUGGCACAAGAACAAGCAUAGCCUUAAGAAGCAUGUGCGGCGACAUAAUGGCACUGCUGCUACCUGCGAUCUGUGUGGAAAGGUCUCGCCCAAUCGAAGCGCCAUGCUGAGUCACCAGCGAUAUGUACAUCUCACGGAUAGGAAGCACGAAUGCAGUGUAUGCGGUAAGGCUUUCAAGAAGGCCAUCACACUGAGGGAACACAUGACCAUGCAUACGGGCGAGGUGCUAUACAAGUGUCCUCACUGCCCGAAGACCUUUAACUCCAAUGCGAAUCAGCACACGCAUCGUAGGAAGUGUCAUCCCAAGGAGUUUGAGGAAGCACGGAAGGCACGCACCGAGAAACGAAAAGCCAUCGGCGAGGAGACACCCAGUGUGUUGACCAUCUCAACGGGCGAGGGCGAUGAUGUGGAAUCUCACAGCAUUCUGCUGACAAACACCGAGGAGGAUCUUAAGAGCGAUACCAUCGAGUUCACUUUGUGUCUCAGUGCCGAUACCACAGAUUGAAACUGAUUUCUAUUUGAAAUUGGUUA